AUUAAAAUGUCUGCCAAGGUGAGGAUUCCUCUCGACGUGCAGCAGCUUAGACGUGGAUGGGAAUCUCUGGAGAGGGAGUCAAGCUACUGGGUGCCGCAGGCAGACAUAAUUGGUCAAAUCCCGCGCGGUUUACGCGGCACAUUCUUGCGAAACGGACCGGGUGUGAAUGCCGUGUACGGAAAGAGGCUGAAACAUCCUAUUGAUGGAGACGGAAUGGUAUGCGCAUUGACUUUCAUUGAUGGUCGCGUUCAUUUCCGGUCCAAGUUUGUCUCGUCGUCGCAUCGCAGAGAAGAGCGGGAUGCCGGCAAAGUGUUAUAUGAUGGACAGAUGGGAACGCGCGCUACCGGUCCGGUGACACAGUUUGGAAAGGUGCUUGUGUCUCUGCUGAGCGGCAAAAAACCGAAAAUUAAAUUCAGAAAUCCGUCGAAUACAUCAGUUUUCUAUUGGGGAGGCAAGGUGUUGACGACAUAUGAAACGAAUCUUCCUCACUGUCUUGAUCCAUACACAUUGGAAACGAUGGGGUUGGAUGACUUGGGUGGGACGUUGAAGCUACACGCCAUGGCUGCUCAUUACCGAGUUGAUAUGAAGAAGAAGAGACUGAUAUGCUUGAGUUUAAGAGUCCGUCUGAAUGGUGCAGCUGAAGUUGGUUUCUAUGAGUUCGACGAGCACUGGCAUUGCUGCAAUGCCGUACACCACAGUAUUGCUGGUCUCAAUUACAUUCAUGACUUUGUGCUAUUGCCUCAGUUCUAUCUUGUUCACAUGACACCAUUUGUCAAGGUGUCGACAUCCUUGGUACUGAAAUGGGCAGCAGGAAUUUCGUCUCCUGGUGAGGAGAUGCGCUAUCACUCUGAUCUCCCAUCAAAGUUUGUCCUAAUUCCAAGACCCGGACAUUCUAACCCCAACUCCACAGUCAUCAUGAUCAACACCGAGCCAUUCCACAUUUUUCAUUAUGGAACUGCGUAUCAGGACAGACACGACAACAUACAUUUUACUGCCGUUUGUCUUGAUACAAAUUUCAACAUGACAUUUGAUGAUGAGAUUGCAUUGUCAAAUGUCAGUGUGUCACCCGGUCGGCUCUUCAAAUUUCAUAUUGAUGUGAAGCAACUGACAUGCAGUCAAGAGAUGGCGGAUCUUGCCAGCGUUGAGUUUCCAACCGUUCAUCCUUUUCGUCAUGGCUUAUCAACGUCAAGAUACAACUACUUGAUGGCGAGUGACAGACAGGGUUACAACUUGCCAUACAGGGAUGUCAUAAAGUUUGAUCAUUUGAGUUCAAGUCGUCAAGUAUAUUAUUCCCACGGUUCAAUAGGAGAGCCGGUGUUUGCCCCUCGACACGGCUAUUCAUCAUAUGAAGGAGGGGAUGACGACGAUGGUUAUGUUCUCGUUCAGCUUUACAAUCCAGAACUACACAGAACAGAAUUCAUUGUGUUGGACGCUCGACACAUAGAUGCGGAUCCAUGUGCUCGCAUUUGUCUAAAACUAAAACAUCACAUUCCCUAUGGUUUUCAUGGCAGCUUUACUCCCGACGUGUUCGUCUCUGCACCACCAACAUCAAAGCUGUGAUCGGUACGAAAACCUUCGUUUCAGCUAAAAAUUCGAACUGAAUGUUACUAACAUAUUUUAUACUUAAUUAAUGACGCUAUGGAAACGUGAUCAUGUGAUCAAAAUUGUGGAUGUGAUUUUUGUCAAAAUUGCAACUAUAUAUAUUAGUUGG